ACACAACGUGAACCUGUCCGACAGGUUUCUGCUAUCCUGCGCUGAUAUUUCUCAGCUCUCUCCGGGCCAGGAAGCUGUUAUUAACAGCGAUCGGCAGAGGCAGCUAAACCUUGAGUCGAGACUGCUUCAAAACAUCAGUCAGGAUCACAGCAGGCGCAUUACUCCAAGGUUGAACUGAAGGGCAGAUCUUAUGGGACUCCACAGAAGGAGAAUGGACUUCCUCCUCAUCAUCAUGGCUGCGAUUUUCCUCAGUCCUCAUCCAAUUGCCUCCCAGGACUGUGUGGCAAACACUCUUCUGUUUUCAAACCUGUCGCAACUCAACUUCAACAGACUGGACAGAGAUGCUGGCACAAUCGAGCCUUUGUAUAACAUGGUGAAUCUAUACUUGGAUGCAGUGCAGCCAAAUGAAUUUCCAACAGAUAUUCUCCAGGAAUUAAUCAAGGACUCAGGAUAUAUAACAAAGAACUAUCAGAAGGUCCUGCGUUACGAGGCGGGCUACAUUGUCAGUCUCAUCCUCAGCGUGCUCUUCUUCAUCUUCAUGCCCCUGGUGGGAUUUUUCUUCUGUUGCUGCCGUGUGUGUGGGAAGUGUGGAGGGCAGGUGAAGGACCGGACGAAAUACACCGACUGCAGGCGUCGCACCUUUGCCACGUUCCUUCUGAUGACGACCAUCAUUAUACUGGCAGGAGUCGCCUGCGCAUUUACAGCCAAUCAAAAGGUAACUGACGCAAUGAAGCCAAGUGUGACUACCUUCCAGAAAAUGCUUGCGGAUGUGACCUCUUACAUUAACAAUAUCCCUGAGGCCAUACCUAAAAUUACUGCACAGUUUUCAGUUCCAAGAAACAAGAUAUUCUCAGAACUUGACCUUGUCAGAAACAGCCUUGGCUUUACCCUCAAGGGUGCAUUGAAUCCAAUCGUUUUUCCAGUGCUGGAGAUGGUGUCUGCACGACUAAAAGACUUCAACACCAUGAGGGGACACUUGGACAAUAUCAAAUCUGCGAACAAUUCCCUGGCAAAGAUACAGAUGGAGUUGUCGAUUGAGAUGAGCAAGCUGAAGGGUCAAAUUGUUAACAUCUUGAAUGAAUCAGGUUGCCAAGGAUGUUCUAGUGCUGUGGGAGAUGCCAAUAACCUGGAGGUGGAUCCUACAUACACAUUGCCGGCCGAAGACCAGGUUGUGUUCAACGAGGUCAUGAACUUCUCUCUAACAUCACUGAAUAACUCAUUGGAACAGGCAUCCCGCACCUUUAAUGAAACUCCUGCCACUGUGACCGGUCGGGCUUCGCAGAUUUUUACAGACAUCAAGACAAUUAUUAAUGACAUUGAAGGAAACCUCUCCUCCACUGUUGAGACUGUGCAAUUUCCAGAAUCCCUGCAGAAUCUGAACUUUGAGAAUUCCUCCGAGGUGACAAGGAUCUCAGAUGAGGUGAUAAGAUACGAUUACUACAGGUGGGUGGUCGGUAUAGUCUUGUGCUGCAUCAUUCUCUUAGUCGUCGCCUGCAAUGCGCUGGGGCUCUGCCUGGGAACGGCGGGAAUCGCAACCAGGGACGACGUCUACAGAGGCAACACCUGCUCAAAAUCGGGCGCCAACUUCCUGAUGGCGGGUGUUGGGUUCAGCUUUAUUUUCUCCUCGCUGCUCAUUCUCCUUGUUUUCGUCACCUUUUUCGUUGGAGGAAAUGUUCAGACAUUGGUCUGUAAACCUUGGAAAACUGGAGAGAUCUAUAAGGUAGCUGAUGAUCUCGCACAACAGAACAACAUUUUCAACAUCAGCGAUUACUUCAAACAAUCAUUCUCCUACUCUGCACUCUACAGACACUGUGAAGAAGGCAGGUCUCUCUGGUUUGUCCUACCACAGAACCAGAUCUCGAAACUGGAGGAGUAUCUAAAUGUGUCUACUUAUACAGGAGACGUCAUUCAGAAUUCCAAGCAGCAGAAUGUGGACUUAAGCGGAAUUGUGCUACUGGACAGCGACGGGAGGAGUAACCUGAUGGAAUUUGCUAACAGUGGGAUUGAUAAAGUCAACUUCACCAAUAUCAUCCAGUUGAUAAAUAAUAAAAUGUCAACAACAGAGCUGCUGAAUUUCACUGCCAAGCUGGAAAAUUUAAGCGAAAACCAGAACGAUAUGAAUAUUAAAAAUAAUCUGACUGAGCACGUUCAGAAACUGCGAGCAUUAGAGAUCACGCUUGUGAACAGAAUAAAACAGGACCAGGCGCAGCUAAAUGCAAGCUUCCAGUAUUUGGCAACCUUUGCUCCCGGGGUGCCGAGUCUCAUUAAUAACACCAUUGAGAGCAUUGACACAGCCCAGGAGAUGAUUACUGUAACCACUAAAUCAGAAAUUGAGAAGGUCAGGGACUGCCUCGUUACCAAGCAACUCAGAUACAUCACUCAGUAUCUUCAGUGGGUCCGAACCACGGUCAUGGACAACUUGCUUUCCUGCCAGCCAGCCUGGAUCUUGGUCAACAAUGUCCGCGUCAUACUUUGUGACUACAUCACAGAGCCCUGGAAUGCCUUCUGGUUCUGCCUGGGCUGGUGUACCCUCUUCCUCAUCCCCAGCAUCAUCUUCGCAGUGAAGACUGCAAAGCAUUACAGGUCAAUCAAGAAUGCAGACAAAAGUCCUGAGUUUUCAGAAAUGAUGCAGUUUAAAUUUCCUCGCGCUACGGGCACGUAUGAUCCCCCACUAUCCAGUGCACCUACUGUUUCAACCAACUGACUCCCAGCUGGACUCUGAACGCCAUCCUUCCUACAAGAAUGACGUUACUCUCUCUGCCAGAGGUUCAUCAGUGACUGUGCUUUUUCUACGGUUUUGCCAUUUUCCAAACAGUUUAUUGCCUCUGCUAACAUGUACCGAAUCUCUGUGCCCAGGAUGCAUUGACACCAAGCACCAAGGCCUCAUUGCUAGACUUUGAUUUCUCAUGAAGGUCACAUCAUCAUCAUCAUUAUGUGCCGUGUGGUAUGACAUCAUCAUUAUGUGUCAUGUUGUAUGAUGUUGGUGAUCACUGUUUUUCCAUGACCAUGAUUGUUCUUGAUAAAUUUUUCUACAGAAGUGGUUUGCCAUUGCCGCCUUCUGGGCAGUGUCUUUACAAGACGGGUGACCCCAGACAUUAUCAAUACUCUUCACAGAUUGUCUGCCUGGUGUCAGUGGUCGCAUAACCAGGACUUGUGAUCUGCACCAGCUGCUCAUACGACCGUCCACCACCUGCUCCCGCGGCCUCACGUGACCCUGAUCGGGGGGCUAAACUUGCCCAAGAGUGACCUGCAGGCUAGCAGAGGGAAGGAGUGCCUUACACCUCCUUUGGUAGAGUCGUAUCUUCACCCAAUAAAAGUCACACAGCACCUGUUUGGCCCACCAUCUUCAUGGUGACCAUUGUACUUACCUGUACUUGUCCCAUUUAUCUGAAUUUGGUCCAUAGCCUUCUAUAACUUGAUGAUUCAAACACAAGAUGCUUUUUAAAUGAUGUGAAAGUGUCUGUCUCCACCACCCCAGGCACAGUAUUCCACAUUCUGACCAUACUCUGAGUGGGAAAAACUCCCCCUCAGAUCACCGAUUACCUCCCACCUUAUACCCACAAACACAAGAGAUUCUGCAGAUGCUGGAAAUCCAGAAUAACACACAAAAUGCUGAAGGAACUCAGGACGUCAGACAGCGUCUAUGGAGAGGAAUAAACAGUCUAUGGUUGGGCCUCACCUUAUACCUCAGUCCUGUAUCUAUACCGGAAUCAGGUUUAAUACAGGUGGCAUAUGUUGUGAAAAAUGUUGUUUUGUGGUAGCAUUUCAUUGCAAUAUUUAAUCAAAUAUUACAAAUUGCAAUGAGAAAGAAAUAUAUAUUAGAAUUAAAUUAACAAGUAGUGCAAAAAGAGAAUGAAAAAGCAGUGAGGUAGUGUCUAUGAGUUGUCCAUUCGGAAAUCUGAUAGUGGUGAGGAAGAAGCUUUUCCUAAAAUGUUGAGUAUGUCUUGAAGAAAGGUUUUGGCUUAAAACGUCGACCGCUUAUUCCCUUACAGGAGAGGUUCUGCAGGUGCUGGAAAUCCAAAGUAAUACACACAAGAUGAUGGAGGAACUCAGCAGGACCUAUGGAAAACAAGUCAACAGUCGAGGCUUUGGGCCAAGACCCCUCAUGGCCUGAUGAAGGGCCUUGGCCCGAAUCAUUGAUUUUUCCCUCUUUUCCAUUGAUGCUUUCUGACCUACUGAGUUCCUGCAGCAUUUUGUGUGUGUGGUUGAUCUGCAGCUCAUGCUUUUACCUAUAUCUUCUUGUUUUGGAGAACUCACCUGGGAAAAUGAUUCUUACUAUCUGCCCUGUCAAUGUCCCUCGUAAUCUUGUCAGGUCACCCCCGUCCCCACCUCUGCCGCUCAGCCUCGUCCACGGCCGGAAAAACAAACCCAAAUUUGAUUCAGUUUCAUGAUUUAGAUGCAGUGUGUCUUUCAUAGUGCUGGUUUCCCACUGACAUUUGGGAAUUACUUAUGAGAGUCCUGGGAAUCCUAUUGAUACUUGGGAAAUGUUCUCCUGGGCUUCCCAUUCAAGAUUAUUACUUUCUUUCACUCACCCCGGUUCCCAUUUUGAAUUAGGAGUGCUGCCAAGUUCCUGGGAUUCCAUUGGCAAUUUCUGUCACGUUCCCCGAUCAAUUCCUGGGAACAACUGUCACAUUUGUUGGGAUUUGGGAAUUUCCAUCGCUGGGGUCGUAUCGGUACUUGCACUUCACCAUCAAUGGAGAUCCUAUUUGGAAUUGCUGUCAAUAUCCAGAAACCCCACUGGUGCCUCAGAAUUGCCAUUAUAGUUCUUCUUGAUCCUUGGGAAUUACUGCCACAUUCCCACUUGAACAGUCAGUACCUCAUGUACCUAAUAAAGUGGCCACUGAGUGUAUGUUUGUGGCCCUCUGCUGCUUCAGGGUUCAAUGUGUUGUGCAUUCAGAGAUGCUCCUCUGCACACCACUGUUAUAAUGUGUGGUUAUCUGAGUUACUGUCACCUUCCUGUCAGCUUGGACUAGUCUGGCCAUUCUCCUCUGACCUCUCUCAUUAACAAGGUGUUUUCACCCACAGAACUGACACUCACUGGAUGUUUCCUGUUUUUUGCAAACUCCAGAGCAGAGGUUCCCAACCUUUUUUAUGCCACGGACCCCUACGAUUAACUGAAGGGUCCGUGGACUCUAGUUUGGGAACCCCUGCUCUAGCGACUGUUGUGUGAGAGAACCCAGGAGAUCAACAGUUUCUGAGAUACUCAACCCACCCCAUCUGGCACCAACAAUCAUUACACAAACUUGAGAAAGUCUUGCAGAUGCUGGAAAUCCAAAGCAACACACACAAAACACUGGAGGAACUCAGCAGGUCAGGCAGAAUCUAUGGAAAGAGUGAACAGUCAACAUUUCAGACCUAGACCCUUUUUCAGGACUGAAGAGUCCUGGCCCAUAAUGUUGACUGUUCACUCUUUUCCAGAGAGGCUGUCUGACCUGCUGAGUUCCUCCAGCAUUUUGUGUGUGUUGCAAUCAUUCCAUAAAGCCACUUAGAUCACAGUUACUCUUCAUUCUGAUAUUUGGUCUGAACAACAACUGAACCUCCUGACUGUGUAUGUAUGCUUUUAUGGAUUGAGUUGCUGUCACAAGAUUGGCUGAUUAGAUAUUUGCACUAACGAGAAGGUGUACCUAAUAAAGUGGCCACAAUGUAAAUUCCUGUCGUAUCACCAGGUUCCUGUAUCACAAUCCAAGUUUGCAAUUGAUACUUGGAGUUGACUGCCCUGCUCCCAAGUUUAGUGGAUUCUGCUGCCCCAGUCAGUAUUCUAUUUAUUUUCCUGUAAAUGUUCUUUCCAUUUAUUGCACCAAAGGAAAUCUUAAAAAAAUGUACAUGGCAUGUGAUUUGGCUGGUGAUGUAUCAGUCUCUUGUUAGCCAGAUGUCGAUUGCCAUGAAUAAAGGGUACUUGGCCAGAAUCUGUGUCCUGUCUACCUUGUGUCUACAGACGUAACAAGAUGCAUGGCUCUUUCAACCAGCAUUCCUAGUGGGAAAAGAUGUUUAAAGUUCAAAGUAAAUUUUAUUAUCAAAGUAUGUAUAUGUCCCCAGAUACAACCCUGAGAUUCAU